AUGGCGCAGUUGACUGCAACCACUUUCUCUACCGACCCGGCUCUCUGGAUCUUCACCUCUUUGACCGCUGGGAAUAUGCACAUCGUCACCGCUACAUCCCGUCUCGAGACUAUCCUGCGCGCCAACCGAGUCCCCUUCAAAGCCAUCGAUCUCUCUACCGAUGACAAGGCCCGCAUGCUUUGGGGUCGCCGUGCCGGCAAAGAUGCUUCCGGCCGCCCCAGGAAGCUCCCAGCUCUCGUGCAAGAAGGUCUCGUGCUCGGCGACAUUGUCGAGAUCGAAGAAUGGAACGAAUACGGCGAGCUAAAGCAGCACGUCAAGAUCUACUACGACGAAUUUACUAUACCAGACAUCAACAAUAAGCCCAAGGAACCCAUCAAGAAGAAAAUAAUUAAAAAGGUUCCGAAGGGCACGUUGGCAGCGAAAGCCGCCGCCGCUGACUCCUCCUCCGCGCCUGCACCUCCUCCUGCGCCUCCCUUGCCAAAGGACGAGAGCUCAAGUGCCGGAGCAGCUGUCAAAGACAAGCCUGUCACUACACCAAAGUCACCUGUCCAAAGCGCUUCCACCGCUUCACACCAGUCCAUCGCCGACGAGGCAGCCAAGAGGGCUAAGGAAAUCCGGCUAAAGUCGCUGCGCGAAAAGGUACAGGCAGCCGCAGACAAGAGGGCUGAGAGCGAAGCUGCAUCUGUGUCGACUCCGACCGCUGCCGAGCCCGAAAAGAAGGCAGAAACCGUUGCCGAGCCUACCGCUGCCACGCCGGAAACGCCCCGAAAGCCAUCCGUGGGAAGCACUGGUAGUGACUCGUCAUCACAAAGCGCCAAACCACUGGGCCUACAAUCACCGACCACGGGCUCCUGGGGUGCCGCCGCCGCCGCUGCCACCGCAGCCAACCCGGACGCCCUGCGCGAGACGCUUCAGUCGCCGACAACAGCCCGUUGGAAGCCUUCCGAUGUUGACAAGCCCGUGACAGUCCACAUGGGCGCCGCCGUGGCUUCAGCGUCGGAGGAAGAGAUUGCUGCAGUCGAGAGGGCCGAGGCCAUCAAGGAGGAGCCCAGUCAGGAGAACUCUGAUGAAGACUCCGAUGAAAAAGUGUCGCAGAAAAAGAUCGCCGAGGUCGAGAAGACGGAGGCUAUCAAGGAGGAGCCAGAAAAGGAGGCAGCUGAAGAUACUUCCAAGGCUGCUGUGGCGGAGAAGGCAAUUGCACCAAAGGAGAUCGCGGCGACGGAGAAUACCUCAAACCCUGCGAAAGAAGCCAAGACAGCGUCGACUGCGGAAGAUGAUGACGAAGACGACGAUGAAGAUGAAGAUGAUAGCGAUGACAGCAGUGAGGAUAGCGAAGACGACGAGGAUGCAAGUGAAUCUGAAACGAAGCCAAAGGGCAAUGAGGUGAAGGAGGAGGGUGCUAGGUCGAAAACGGAAGAUACGGAACUGAAGACGAAGGAAGUGGCUGAGGCAGAAGCAGUUUCCAAGGCUAAAGAGGCAAAGCCCCAGGGAGACGGGAAGCCUGUGGGAGACGCAUAG